AUGUCGGAAGCAUGGCGUGAUAUUCCGAUGAUGAUGUUGGAUGAAGAAAGUGAAAAAAUGACAGUAGGAUUCUGUGAUCAAUUUAAAACACUUCUCUGGAGGAAUCUCCUCUUAAAGAAAAAAAUGAAAUCAAAGACAUUAUUGGAAUUUUUCAUGCCUAUAGUUAUGACAUUAACUAUUUCAACAUUUCGGAUUGGACAGACGACAUACAAAGGAGAAGUUUAUCCUUUUGGAAAUGCUUCACUUGAACAUGGUUUGCCAUACUACAGUUUAAACAAUUUUGGUGUUGCUCCCUACAAUAACAAUACAAUAAAAGUAAUGGAUUCUGUCAUAAAAGAAUUAUCUUUAUAUCCACCUGUUAAAAUUCAUUGGUUUGAUAAUGAAACUGAAUUAGAAGAAGAAUUUAAUCGUAAUUCAAGUGCCUUUGCAGUUGGCAUUGUUUUUACUGAAAAUCCAGAAAAGAAUUCUUCUUAUAAACUGCGAUAUCCUUCUAAUAAAUUACCUCGUGCAAGUGAUAAAUAUGGAUCACCAGAAAAUUGCAGAAAUAUUCACCCUGGGUUUUUUUCGCUUCCUGUAAGCAGUUGUCCAGCUUUGAGUUAUUACAGUAGUGGAUUUGUUGUUCUUCAGUCUAUUAUUGAUAAAGUUUUUUUAACUAAAAUAUUGUCAAGUUAUGAAAUUAAAUCUGAGACUACUAUUCAACUUUAUCCAAAAGAAAAAUUUGUAAAGGAUUCAACAACAAUGAAAACUGUUGUUCCUCUUUACUUAAUGCUUGCUUUUUCACCAUUAAUAUCUAUAUUGGCAUUAAUUAUUGUAACAGAAAAAGAGAAGAAAAUCAAAGAAGGAAUGUUAAUGAUGGGAAUGAAUAUUACUUGUUAUUGGUUAGCUUGGUUUGUAACAGAAGCAAUUAUGGCAUUCAUCAUUUCAAUUCUUAUGACUGUGAUUAUAUUUGCUUUGAAUAUUUUGCCAAAUGCUAGUGUUUUUAUCAUCUUUGGAUUACUUAUGCUGUUUGCAUUAUCUAUAGUCAUGCUAGCAUUCAUGUUAACUCCCUUCUUUAAUAAUGCAAAAGUUGCUGGAUCAGCACUUGGACUUGUAUUGGUGCUUUUUGGUUUAUUUUAUUUUCUUGCCAUUUGGGUUGAAAGUAAAGUGAAUGUUGUUUUCUUUUUUCUUCUUGCAUUAUUAUCUCCAACAGCUUUUUCAUUAGGAUUUCUGAAAGUAGUAACUUAUGAUGUUUUAGGCCAAGUUUCAUGGGAGCAAAUGUCAUUGGGAAAAUUUUCAAUAAAUGAUUCAUUUAUAAUGCUAUCAGUUGACAUUGUAUUGUAUGGAUUAUUAGCAUAUUACUUUGAUUGUGUUAUUCCAGAUAUUAAAGUUGAUGCCAUAAAUUCAGAAGAUAUUGAACCUGUUCCGUUGGAAUUGUAUGGAAAAGAAAGAAUCAGGUAUAAUGACUUUAAGGCACAAAGUAAAACUGAGAUGAUGGUUCAUUGGUCAUGGAGAUAUAGAAUCAAAAUAUUGUCAAGUUAUGAAAUUAAAUCUGAGACUACUAUUCAACUUUAUCCAAAAGAAAAAUUUGUAAAGGAUUCAACAACAAUGAAAACUGUUGUUCCUCUUUACUUAAUGCUUGCUUUUUCACCAUUAAUAUCUAUAUUGGCAUUAAUUAUUGUAACAGAAAAAGAGAAGAAAAUCAAAGAAGGAAUGUUAAUGAUGGGAAUGAAUAUUACUUGUUAUUGGUUAGCUUGGUUUGUAACAGAAGCAAUUAUGGCAUUCAUCAUUUCAAUUCUUAUGACUGUGAUUAUAUUUGCUUUGAAUAUUUUGCCAAAUGCUAGUGUUUUUAUCAUCUUUGGAUUACUUAUGCUGUUUGCAUUAUCUAUAGUCAUGCUAGCAUUCAUGUUAACUCCCUUCUUUAAUAAUGCAAAAGUUGCUGGAUCAGCACUUGGACUUGUAUUGGUGCUUUUUGGUUUAUUUUAUUUUCUUGCCAUUUGGGUUGAAAGUAAAGUGAAUGUUGUUUUCUUUUUUCUUCUUGCAUUAUUAUCUCCAACAGCUUUUUCAUUAGGAUUUCUGAAAGUAGUAACUUAUGAUGUUUUAGGCCAAGUUUCAUGGGAGCAAAUGUCAUUGGGAAAAUUUUCAAUAAAUGAUUCAUUUAUAAUGCUAUCAGUUGACAUUGUAUUGUAUGGAUUAUUAGCAUAUUACUUUGAUUGUGUUAUUCCAGGUAGAAUUUCAAAUAUUACCAAGAUAUUUAAGAGUUCUAAUGGAAAACCUUUCAAGGCUGUUAAUGAUUUGACUUUUUCGAUAUUUGAAGGACAAAUUACAGCAUUAUUAGGACACAAUGGUGCUGGUAAAACAACUCUGUUAAAUAUGCUUAAUGGGAUGUUAAGUCCAACAUCAGGAACAGCUUCAAUAUGUGGACUAAAUCUAAAUAACAUGAAUAAUCUUAUAAAAAUAAGAUCAAUGACAGGUGUAUGUUUGCAAGAAAAUAUAUUAUUAGAUGAUUUAAAUGCAGAAGAACAUUUGACAACUUUUGCUUGUCUUAAAGGUGUUGUUCAAAAAGAUGUUAAGUCAAGAGUAGAAAAAAUGUUGUGUGAUAUUGAUCUUUUUGAAAAUAAACAUAUUCCUGCAAAGAAUCUCAGUGGAGGACAAAAAAGAAAAUUAUGUGUAGGAAUAGCUUUAAUAGGAAACCCAAAAAUUGUUUAUCUUGAUGAACCAACAAGUGGAAUAGAUCCUUACUCGCGUCGUUUAUUAUGGACAUUUUUACAAAAAGAAAAGAAAAAUAGAGCGAUUGUUUUAACUACACAUUCCAUGGAUGAAGCUGAUAUUCUUGCAGAUAGAAAAGCAAUCAUUUCUAAAGGAAAUUUGAAAUGUGCAGGUUCAUCUUUAUACUUGAAAAAUAAAUUUGGAAUUGGUUAUCAUUUAACAUUUACAUUAAAUUCUUCUUCAUAUGAUGAAGCUUCUAUUGAAAGACUUGUGAAAAAUAUUAUUAAUAAUACUCAGCUUUCAAGGAAAACAAAUUUGGAACUUUCAUAUUUGCUGCCAUUAGAUGAAACUGAAAAAUUUCCUCAAUUAUUUGCUAGCAUAGAAAAUGUUAUUCUUACAAAUCAAUAUGGUAUUGUUAGUUAUGGGAUUUCAAUGACAACUCUGGAAGAAGUUUUUCUACAUUUAGCAAGUAAAGAAGUUGAUGAUGACAAUGAUAAUACAUUAAUUGAAGAAACAGCAAAUAAUUCAUCAUUAAUAACAGAUUCAAUGUUUAAUCCUUUAACUGAUGUAAGACCAAAUCCUUCAUCUUUUCAAGCAUUUUUUGCCUGCUUGAAAAUAAGGAUUAUAUUAUUUUUUCGUGAAAUUGAAGCUGCUAUUGCAAUAUUUCUUACGCCAGUUAUUUUGACAAUAGUUUCAUAUUUUAUUAUGAGAAAGAGUGCAAUUUCUGUUCCUGAACCAUUGAAUUUAACUGCUUCAUUAUAUAAUAGUACUUUCUUAUAUCAAAAUGAAACUGGUAAAUUAUUAGAAAGUAUGAACAGAGCUCUUGAUGAACAACAUAUCAAUGUAAGAUUACUACAUGAAAAUCCUAAUAUUACAAAUCUUGCAACCAGUUGUAUGGCAAUAGUUGUGAAGAAAUUUUUACCAGAAUUUAAAUGGAAUUACUUAAUUAAUGAUACUUGCAUACAUUCUCUUCCAAUACUUCAGAAUAUCAUAUCUAACAUGAUGAUAAAAAAUUAUGGACUUGCUAAAUCAAUAUCUGUUAUUUCUCAUCCUUUUCUAAAAGAAGAUGACGUUCAAAUUGAUGGUCAAAGCUUAUCUUGGGUUUUUGUAAUUGGCAUAUGUAUGAUAAUACUGUCACCUAUGAUUGCAGUGGAAGUUGUUGAAGAUAGAGAGAAUAAAGUAAAGAAUCAACUUGAAGUAUCCGGAUUGAAAUUUUUUACAUAUUGGGGCUGUGUUCUGCUUAGUCAUAUUAUGCUUUUUUUAUUAUCUGUGUUAAUUCUUGUAAUAAGUUUAGUGAUUAUAAAACUCGAAUUUUUACAAAGAGCUGAUUUUAUAUUUGCCUUUCUACUUUUGUUUAUUUUUUUUAUACCAACAUCAUUGUUAUUUUGUUAUAAUUUGUGUUAUAUGUUUGAUAGACAAGAAACAGCUAAAGGUGUGCUGAAUUUAUUUUGUUUUUUGCCUGCUACUGUUCUGUUAAUACCUGUCAUUAUAUUAGAAUNCAAGAUCGCAAAUAUAGAACAAAAAUUUGUGGCAUUAAGAAUGCCAAAUGAAGAUAAAUUUAGUUCUGCAUUCAGCUGGAAAUAUAAUGUUUCUGUUCUCUAUCUAGUAAUUCAAUUUAUAUUAUAUUUAUUAUUGUUGAAAAUUGUGGAUAAUAUUAAAGCGGGAAGAAAUAUUUCUCAUAUGUUUAGUUUUAGUCGUAAAAAAUCUGAGAAUAUUAAAAGUAAUUCAGAUUUUCCUGAAGAGGAAGAUGAUGACGUGAAAAAUGAAAGAGAAAGAGUGCAAAGUAUAAUUGAUACUAAAGAUUUUGCUAUUGUUAUUAAGCAAUUACGUAAAGUAUAUACAAAAAAAAUAUCUUUGAAAGAUACUUUUAGUAAAGUAGCUGUGAGAAAUUUAAAUUUAGCUGUAGAUACUGGUAGCAUUUUUGGACUUCUUGGGCCUAAUGGUGCUGGAAAAACGACUGUCAUUAAAAUGAUUACUGCUGAAGUAAUGCCUACAUGCGGAGAAAUAUCUCUGGCUGGUUAUGACAUUACAUAUGAACUAUCUAAGGCUCUUCAAGAGAUUGGAUAUUGUCCACAACAUGAUGCUUUAUGGAAUAAAUUAACUGUUGAAGAACACCUUCAUUUAUAUGCUGCAAUAAGAGGAGUUCCAAAGUCACAGAUACCUUCUAUUUGUGAAAAGUUGUUGAAUCUUCUUCACAUAGGAAAAUUUGCUAAGAAGAAAAUAAGAACUCUUUCUGGUGGAACCAAAAGAAAGGUUUGCUUUAUAAUUAGUAUUCUUGGCAGACCAACAGCUGUAUUGUUAGAUGAGCCAUCUACUGGCCUGGAUCCACAAGCCAAACGUUAUUUAUGGGAUAUCAUUCAAACAAUGUUUCCUGCCAAUGGAAACCGCAGCAUACUAUUCACAACUCAUUCUAUGGAAGAAGCCGAUACUUUAUGCACCGAAGUGGGAAUUAUGGUAAAAGGAACCCUUAGAUGUUUGGGCUCAAUUCAGCAUUUGAAAAACAAGUACGGAAUUGGAUAUACAUUGGAUAUCAAAAUUAAAAAGAAUGAAGAUGGUUCAUAUGUUAAUAAAGAUAAUGUGAAAGAAUUUAUUCAGAAAAACUUUCCUUCAUCCAUUAUUAAAGAAGAAUUUUGUGAAAGGUUAACUUAUUGCAUUCCACAAUGUAAUUCAUCUCUGGCCAACAUUUUUGGUUGUCUUGAAAAAGCAAAAGAAUUUUUUGAAGAGUAUAACUUCAGUCAAACAACACUUGAACAAGUUUUCCUGGAAUUUGCUAAAGAACAAGAAGAAGAAAAAGACGAAUAAAAUGAAUUAUAAUGUUAUUUAUUUGAAGAUUGAAUACGAACAUAAAUGACUAUAUUCAAUAUUGUGAAGCAAGAAUUAUUUUUAAAUCUAUAAUUUUGUAAUUACUGCUGAAAAAUAUUUCUACAAAAUUUUUUUAAAGUAAGUUUUAAAAUGACAGUUUAACAUUUCUUGUGGCUUCUAAUGUGAAGAUUUUGAAAAUAUUAAUGAAUACUUCAAAUUUCUACAAAUGUACUUUGAAUAAGCCAUCAUAUAUUUUAAAUUUACAUACAAGUAUAUACCAUAUUGUUGUAAAUGUGAUUUUAUUGUAGUGAAGAAAUGUAUUUUAAUGUGUGAUGGUCAAUGGUGUGAGAUGCAUAAAUGACUUGAAUGUUCUUUCAUUUAUGUGAAUGCCCAAAGUAACAUGACAAUGAUGUCUUUGACCAAAUGUUCACGUCAUUGUCCAAACACUUUAAUCAUUCAUAUCUCUCACCAGCUAUCAUAGUCUUUUCAAACCAUUAUUGUUGACAAUGACCGGGCAUUGACACGAAUGAUAGUCAAUCAUUGGUUAUUUUUGAAUAUAAAUGUAGCAGAUUUUUUGUAGUUCAUUUUUUUUCUAGAGCAUUGCAAAUCUUUGAUUAAGGAUCAUUUAUUUACAUAACAUAGGCAUUCACAAUAUACUUUUCGGGGAUCACAACAUUUAAAAAUAAGAAUGAAUGUAAGCCUAAAUAGGGCAUAAACUCUAGUGUAGGGACUAAAUUACUUUUCUUAUCUCCUGGAUAAGAUGGUAUAGGCCUAUGUGAUAAAUAACUAAAGUCUACUGUAUAUUAAUAAAGUAACAAAACCAAAAUAAGGUUAUAGUCUUUCCAACUUGGUACUUGUCAAAACAGACCAAACCAUUUUUCUCCCAAUUGAAGGGGAGGAUAUGCAAAACAGAGAAGGUGGUACCAAUAAAUGGUUAAUUAUUUUAGUUUUUCCUAUCUUCAUCUACAACUUGAGAAAAGUUGUUUACUCUGUUUUGACAACUGCCAAGUUAAGUUGAAAGCAGCUCUAGGGCAUGUUGUCUUAAUGCAUUACCAAUAUUGCCUGCUGGAGUGGUAAUUGACAUCCCUGCCGUCUGUUUAGGUCAUUGCCAAACACAAUUUGUAAAUAUCAUGAAUGUCCAGCCAUUCACAUGAUUUCAUACACUCACAUCAUUGACCAUAACAAAUAUGUCUUGAAGAUCGAAAACUCUUAAUGAGAGGAAAAAA